CAGAAAGCAACAACACUUCGUCUGGCAAAGUCGCUAUUCCAGGAGAAUUUCCUCACCGGCGAGGUGCAAAAGUCCCUCAAUUUCAAUCGUAAUCGUGUUCUCAUUCAUCUGUGCCAGUGUGCUUGAGUGGCAAGUUGAUUAAGCGUCAAUUUUCUGUAAAAUAAGUGACAAAUAGAGACAAAUGAAGUUGAUUUUGGGAACCAUAUGCCUGUGGCUAGUCAUCCAGCAAAGCGCUGCCUUGUACCCGUCCUCCAGUGACGUGGUUGAUCUCACUCCUGCCAAUUUCGAUCGGCUGGUGCUUCAGGGCGACGCUGUGUGGGUAGUGGAGUUCUACGCUCCGUGGUGUGGUCACUGUAAAUCUCUCGUUCCUGAGUAUCAGAAGGCCGCCACGGCACUGAAGGGAUUCGCCAAGGUGGGCGCUGUGAAUGCUGAUGAGCACAAAGGUUUAGCCGGACAGUUCGGAGUGCGUGGUUUUCCCACUCUGAAGAUCUUCGGUGCAAACAAGAAGUCUCCCAGUGAUUAUAAUGGUCAGCGCACGGCAGAAGGUAUCGCUGAUGCCGUCCUAGCGGAAGCCAAGAAGAUGGUAAAAGCAAACCUGGGUAAAAAGCCGGGAAGUGGAAGUGGUGGAGGUGAUUCCGAUAGCAAGAGCGAUGAUGUAAUUGAGCUGACGGACGCCAACUUUGAUAAACUAGUCCUGAACAGUGACGAUGUCUGGCUUGUGGAAUUCUUCGCUCCCUGGUGUGGUCACUGCAAGAAUCUUGCCCCUCAAUGGGCCAAGGCUGCGUCUGAGUUAAAAGGAAAGGUGAAACUGGGUGCCUUGGACGCCACUGUGCAUCAGCAGAAAGCUCAAGAGUACGGAGUUCAGGGAUAUCCCACCAUCAAGUUCUUCCCCGGCGGCAAGAAGGAUCGCCACUCUGUCAGCGACUACGAUGGAGGACGCACGUCUUCGGAUAUCGUCACAUGGGCCCUUGAUAAGUAUGUGGAAAACGUUCCUACUCCUGAGGUGCACGAAUUGUUGUCGCAGGACGUCCUGACAGAGGCAUGCGAAGGAAAAGCGCUCUGCAUCGUAUCGGUGCUGCCCCACAUCUUGGACUGUAAUUCCAAAUGUAGGAACAACUUCGUCAACGUACUUAAGGAAAUGGCCGAGAAGUACAAGGCUAAACAGUGGGGCUAUGUGUGGACAGAGGCGUUGUCACAGAGCAAACUAGAGGAAACUCUAGGCAUGGGAGGUUUCGGGUAUCCCGCCAUGGCUGUGGUGAAUUUAAAGAAGAAGAAAUACUCCUUACUGCGAGGUUCCUUCUCCAAGGAGGGCAUCAACGAAUUCCUACGCGACAUCUCAUACGGACGUGGCCAGACAGCGCCCAUUCCCGGCGACGGUGACAUCAAGGUGGUUACAGUUGAAGCCUGGGAUGGCAAGGAUGGCCAACUGCCCGAGGAGGAAGACAUCGAUCUCUCUGAUGUGGUGCUGGACGAUGAGAAAGAUGAGCUGUAAUCAGAGUAAUUCUAGUUCAUUCCCCAUUACUUUUGAGACUGUGUCCAGUGUCGGAUUUAUAAGAAGAUCGAUGUAUUUUAACUUCCAAAAUGAGAAUAAAGAGAGCAAUUAUGUAAAAA